AUGCCAGGAUAUGCCAAGUUCAUUCAAGACUUGGUUACAAAGAAAAGAGCAGUUAGUAUUGAUUUGACUAACCAUGUUCAUUAUUGGAAUGUUAUUGCUACAAGGUCUCUGGUACAGAAGGAGGAGGAUCCCAGUGCAUUCACUAAACCAUGUACUAUUGGAUCAAUCAAAUUUGCAAAGGUCUUGUGUGAUCUAGGGUCCAAUAUAAACUUUAUGUCGCUGGCCGUCUACAAGCAACUAAGGUUAGGAGUUCCAAAACCCACAACGAUGAGGUUGAUGAUGGAAGAUAGGUUAGUGAAGUGA